UCGUAACUCACCUCACUGACUCAAUGCCCAUCCACGGUCUCUCUUCGACCUUGCCUCCAUCAAAGCCGAGUCAUUUCAACAUCGAACGCGUAAUUCGUCCCAAUAUCUUAGCUCUUCAUCCGUAUAGAUGUGCUAGAGAUGAUUACACGGAAGGAAUUCUUCUGGAUGCCAAUGAAAACGCUCUCGGCCCCUCAAUCUCCAAAUCGACUCUGGACGAAGAGGACCAAGAAACUAAUCCACAAAACCUUCAUCGCUACCCAGAUCCUUCUCAUGACUCAAUUAAAGAUCGUAUACGAUCCCUGCGCUCCGUAUCUGGCGUAGAUCAUAUCUUCCUGGGUGUUGGAUCAGACGAAGUGAUUGACUUGCUCAUGCGAGUUUGUGUCACUCCGGGCGGCCAGGAAAAAAUACUUAUAACUCCGCCAACAUAUGGGAUGUACGCCGUAUGUGCACAGGUCAACGACGUAGGUAUAGUCAAGGUGGCAUUAGAUUUGACCGGAGAGCAAGGUGAAGGAGGUUCGAACGGAAGAUUCAGUCUAAGAGUAGACGAGGUCAAAAAAGCAAUCGAUUCCGAUCCAGGCAUCAAACUCGUCUUUCUAUGCUCUCCUGGAAAUCCCACCGGAACGUUAAUCUCAUUAACCUCGAUCCGUGCUCUCCUCGAUUAUGAGAGUUUCAAGGGGAUCGUUGUUGUCGACGAAGCCUAUGUGGAUUUCUCAGGCGAAAGCAACAGCGCCGUUCCUCUAGUCCGUGAAUACGCUAAUCUGUGCGUCAUGCAAACCUUGAGCAAGAGUUUUGGACUGGCUGCCAUCAGACUGGGGAUAGCGAUAGCUCAGCCGCCUUUGAUCCAAGUACUCACCAACACCAAAGCGCCCUACAAUAUCUCCACCCCUGCGGCGCAUUUAGCACUGUCUGCUCUUUCGCCUUCGGCACUUGAUUCCAUGCAUGCUAAAGUCCGCAGACUUAUCACCUCCCGUGGCGAACUUCUUCGGUCACUUGCCACACUCGAAAAUCUCGGUGUGGGACCAGCUAUUGGCAGCAACAAUGCUAAUUUUCUCAUGGUUCCCAUCCUGAGCAAAACCGAACCUAGCAAACCGGAUAAUGUGCGGGCACAAAAUGUUUACAAAACCUUGGCAGAACAUCGAGGAAUCGUCGUUAGGUUUAGAGGGAACGAACCUGGCUGUGAAGGGUGCUUGAGGAUCACAGUGGGAACUGAACAGGAAAACGAAGCUGUGAUACGAGAGUUGAGGGAUUUACUUCAAAAAAUAUAGGGGUUUUAGAGUCAAUGUAAAGUGGGCAGGUGAUGCAAUUCAAGCGGUGUUGUCUCCAUUGGCGACGGAGAUUCACUAAAUUUUCCUCAUUUUCUA